AUGGUUAAAAGGCAACAGUGGACUUUGAGAUUUCAAGGUUUAACAAAGUUUGGAAAGGUUGUAGCAAUAUCAUGUCUAACGCAAGUGUUAAGUGAAGAUGCUUUUGAAUCACAAAAUCUUGUAAUUUCUUUCGUUCAUACUGGAGCGCUUCAACAUUUGUUGGAUUCCAUAACAGCGAUUUCUUUUGUCGAUGAUAGAAAUUCAAGGCGAAUUUAUGAAUACGUAUCGCUUUUGAAAACGAUAAUUACGUUGCUGAUACAGUUAUCAUUAACAGAAUGUGGGUGGAAUUUUUUGAACGAUCUAUGUGUACUUGAGAAAUUAGCUUCAUUACAACUAUGGCAAAAUCCACCUAAGGCGUUAUUUUUGGAUCCAAAAGAAGUGUCGAAAUCGACGAAGGUUAAUGAUGACAUCGAUGCUAGGAAAUCUGAUAUUUCUCAAACAUAUAUGGAGUGUAUCAAUAAUUUAGUUCAUUUUUGCCUUUCAUCAUGCUCAAAUCCAUAUUGGAAACGAAUAUCGCAUCAGGUGAUAGCAAUGAUAACGGUCCAUUGCGAAGUGUUUAAUCAUCUUAUGAGGAACAAGUUGCAAGGCACCUUACUGUCAUCCUGUUGCAAGCUUUUGUCACAUAUAUACUUUUUAGCCCUUAUUUUGAAAAAGAAUUUGUUUAUUCGUCUUUUUCAUUUUAGUUGUCAGAAAUCUAUAGUCGAUGUAAUUUCAGAUACCAGUACGCGGCCAAUCAUCGAACAAUCGGUUUGUCUUAAUGAAUUGAGGAAGUUAGAAAAAAAAGGCGAUGAAAAAGUUGGCAAGCAUUUUUCAUAA